AUGCUUUCUCAAGGAUCAUAUAUUGCUGUCAGGGAUGCAAAUGACAAUAUACAUGAAGCUAUACAUAAGAAUUCUCAAAAAGUGUUUGUAAAUGGCAAGGAAGCGAAUUGUGAUGGCUUUUCAUUCCUUUCACCUUCAGAAUAUUGCACUUGCUUUCUUAUUGCUUUCCAAAUAAAGUACACUGAAUUGGAUUCAGAGCAUUCUAAAAGAAUUAAUCAAGAGCUGAUUGAUACUAAAUAUAAGAAAGCAUCAGAGGUGUUAAAACAAAAAACACCUAUCAAGGAGUGGGUUUUUACUAUUUUGUCUAAUGCUAGUCGGGUUAAUACCCUGAGAGUUGUGGAUCUUCCUGAUAGAUGUGCUAUAGUUGAUCAAACAAAUUUUCAGGCUUUCUACAGGUACACAUUUGCAAAUCGUGCACAAUUUUCCGCAGCAAAUGCCAAAAUUCACAUUAAUUCCGCAAGAUCUUAUGAAUUGAAACUCAUACGUGGUAUUGGGCCCACAAUAGCAGAAAAAAUUGAGCCAGUAAGAAAAAGAAAGUUUUCUGAUACAAUGGAUGAUUUAUUGGAGCGCGUUCCUAAAUUUCCUCGAUCAGAAAGAUUUAUAAUGUUGUAG